UCUCUCUCCUCAUCCCUUCUCUCUCUCUCUCUCAUCCCCGCACCUGCACCUCUUUCUUACACUAUUAAAACAACAUCUCUCUUUAUCUUUUUCAACACAUAAUACUCUCUCUCUCUGGAUUUCUGCUUUCCCCAAUGGCAGAAACUCAGCCGAAACGCCUUAGGGAAGAGCCCCUGCGUGAAGACUCAAGCUCUGAGUUUGACGAUUCCGGCGCCACCUCCAAGCGCCACAAGCCCUACAACACCAUACUUAAUCUUCUUGAACAAGAAGAAGACGACGGAGAGCCGAGCCAUGAGCCCGGCCACGAGCUGAGCCAGGACUUGUCAGCCAUAUUCACCACCCUCCAGCAAGAACUCUCCUCGUCCACCAGCUGCGACUCCACCACCACCUUUGACUUCGACUCGCUGCCAUCCACGGCGGCGGUGGAAGAACCCGACCCGUCCCUCCACCCCACCGCCACCGAGGACGACGGUGUGAAGUCCGUCAUGAGGCAUCUUCUUGAAGCCUCGGACGAUGAACUCGGAAUUCCAAAUCGAAGCGAUGAAAUUGAAAAUAAUGUUGAAAUAUUAAAUUCUGUGGGAAAUUUUCCGUUUGGUUUUACUGAGCAUGAGGGGCUGUGGGAACUUGAGGACGAGGCCGCUAAUUACUAUACUGUGCUGCAGUCUGAACUGUUCAUGUAGUAAAUUUUUGCCCCUCUUCAGGGGUUAGAAAUGAGAAGUAGGAAAAUAUUAGGGGCUGGCUGUAAAGGUUAAAAAAAGAAAAGAAUGAGGGACAAAGUAAAAAGAAAAUGGAGGCGGUUUUAGGGUUUUUCAUUUUGGUCCCUCAUCUUUUGUAGAAUUCGCAAAUGUUCCCUUUAUUCUAAUAUUAGAAUAUUUGAAAGAUAUAUGUAGAAAUUUUGAAAAACGAAAAA